AUGUCAAACGAGGAUACCGAAGUUAUUCCUACUUCUCCAUCUAUACCCAUGAAGCCUUCAACCCCUCAACAACAGGGGAGACUGGCUCUUCUUCCAACGGAAAUACUUCUCAUGAUUACGGGAAAGCCCAGGGGGGAAGGAGGAACUCUACCUUAUAGAGAUCUCAAGGGCUUAGCUUUGAGCUGCUCCAGACUCUUCCAUAUCAUUCGCCCCAUGUACCACUUUGCUGACGGGUACGCCGUGUUUCACUCGGCUGUUGCACAUGGUGACCUGGAGGUCAUGCAAAGAUGUGCUGAGCUUGGCGCUGCACCGCGGACCAUAAGGGAUCUUCCCCGUGGCUGCAGCUGUCCAUCGGAAGUGCCGCACAAGAAGCAUAGACUCUUCGAUUCCCUUCUGGAAUUUGUCGCCUCCGGCACUUCUCCCUUGAGCAAAUGCUUGAAUGGCUUGCAAUGGUUGCUUGACGAGGAACUGGAGGCUAACGAGCAGAUAGGCCAACCGUGGUACGAAAAUGGCAACGAUGAUUGCGAUCAUAUGCCUGAGCUCUUGGUUACCAUCCUAAGCCGGAAUACGGAAAGGGCUCGAACAAGUGGGAUAACAAAGAUGAUUGAGCUCAUGAAGAGGUAUGGAUAUUGUUUACCUUACCAGAUGAACAUCCGGACACGCUAUCGUUUGUACCCGCACGAGAGAGAUAACCCAGCUCUGAUCAAUCAGCCUCUAGAUGUAGCGUUGCGACUUCACUGCCCUCCAUCCUUCCUUAAAAUUGUACUUGAGGAGUAUCAGCACCACAACCUGGAUAUAAAGGGAAUUUAUAGGACCGUGCCUGUUCAACUUACUAGAUGGGCAGGGAAUUCAGAGGGAGAUAGGUUUGAAUGGCACCUCCAGAAAACGAACCUGGGUAACAUGGCCUGGAAUUUGUUUCGCGACAUGUUCGAUCCAUCGAUAAGCUGGAAAGAGGCAUACCCAGGCGGGGCGGCCGAUAACUUUCAAGUGAAGAUGUCUAAGCUAAUGGGCCAUCAGGCAGCUGACUCGUACGAACUAGAUGCGCUGAGAAGCAUUCUUAAAGCCCUGAGGAAUAUUGCAACCAGAGCGCAACGACAUGGCGGAUUAAAUGAAGAACGGGACGGCAAGGAAUGCUGGCACAUGUUGUGCGAAGCUUUGCGCCCCUUUUCGAUUGAAUCACCUCUUGUGGUAGAUAGUCAGAACCCAAGAAGCGAUGAAGAUGUCCCUCCACCUCUUCAUCGUUUCAUCUUCGAAGUCAGCUGGAAUCCAUGGGAGUUAUGGUUUCACUACCAGUUGCAAAAGCCCAAGUUUAGAGCAGAGAUGUCAUUUUCCUGGACGCAACAUGACUCCUGGAAGCUGAAGCAGGACGAGAAUGGGAUAUGGCAUGAUUCUCACUGGGACUACAUUCAUGCAUAUGAGCACAGCAGCUGUGAUCUGCCCCGAUGGCAGCUUGUAGACUUUGAUGAGUUUGUGGCCGCAGUCGAAGCGCAGUGGCUUAAGUUCGAUCUAUACUGUUUGUCACACAUAAGUCAGGAUUUCAGCGAUGAAAUAUAA